UCGAUAGCGGUACUGAUGGGGAUCGUUCAUAAAUGCUUUAUCGACUGUGGUCUCGAUUACGCCAAUGUGCCGGAUACGUUACAUAACAGGUCCUCCAGCAGUGGAAGGGACUGUACUUUCUGGGCACUAUCAUUCAGUGGGAGGCCAGCCUUCGUCAGAUGCGGCGUUUAUUCGCAUGAGAUGGCUUCUCAACUUCGUAAUGUGUUCAAGAAGUACCCUGUUCUGUCCAACGCUCUUGUCUACGGAACCAUGGUCGUCGGAGCAGAGUUCUCGCAACAGACUCUUAAUAAGAGAUACUUUCAAAAGAAAGAUCCACCUGAACCUUACGAUACAGGAGUACUAGCUCGAUAUGCUGUAGUAGGAACUGUCAUAAAUCCAAAUUUACUCUAUUUCUGGUAUAAAUGGUUGGACCGUGCCUAUGUAGGCACUACCACUAGAAUUGUACUCAAGAAACUAGUUCUAGACCAGUUCUUAAUGACUCCACCUCUUCUAGUCACCUUUUAUAUAAGUAUGAGCAUUAUGGAGGGCAAGAAGGACAUAUUUGAGGAGUGUCGACAGAAGUUCAUUCCGACCUUCCAGAACAGUUGUUUAUUCUGGCUACCAGCGCAGUUGAUCAAUUUUCUCUUGGUGCCUCCAUUUGCUCGGGUUGUCUAUGUUGGAACCUGUUCCUUUAUCUGGAUCAAUGUCCUCUGCUGGAUCAAACGCAAGGACUACAUCUCGACAGAAGAUGAUCAGAAGCAACUGCUGUGAUCCUUGUUUAUUGGAGAAAAAUCAGAAUAGUCAAAUAAAAGUCAGUAUUCACUAUUAAAGCAAAGAUUUCAGCACUGAAAAUCAAGCUGAAAUAAAAGAAGAAAGGAAUGCUGAGAAAGUGAAGAGAGAAGAAAUUGUUAAGAUGUACAAAUGUUAACAAGUCGUACUAACAAAAAUGGUUCAUGAACUUUGUAAAUUUAUAAAAUGUAAUUUAUUGGAUGCCGUGAGGUGAGUGAAGAAACUAAAGAUAUAUGAACGAGGAAGAGCAAUGUGGUGUGAGGUUCCCUUACUUGACAUUCUGCAAGCUAAUUCUUAGCACUGCAAAAAACAUCAAGCUGAAGAGGACAAAUGUAAACCUAUAUUUAAUACGUACAAAUAAUUACAUGUGUUGGCAUCUGUGCUCACUUUACAACAUGUAAAAUAUUUUUAAUACUAUAUCUUCACGUUUUACAAAGCUCUACUAAAGAACUAGCAAACUCUACUUCAAUUAUUUGCAUAUUGAAAUUACUGGAAAAUUUCCUUAGUAAAUUUAUAUUUCUAAUCCAUUUCUAUUUAUAAUAACAUUAAAAUAAAGAAGUAGGAUUUGUAAUAAAAAUUACUCUUCUCUAUUUUUCUUACUUCAAAUUACUUUUUAAUCAAUAAUUUAUUAUUUACCAUGUUUGUAUUACAUAUUUAGAAACAAAACUCUGGUAUUUUUAUAGAUUGUGUUACAUGAUUAUGUAUUUAAAAAAUCAUUUACCUUUUUAAGCUAAGUUACCCAUAAUGUUCCUGUAAAGGCAUUGUACAUAUACCUUGAGUUAAACCUCAAUAACACCAUUGUUCAACUUCAAAAAACAAUUUUGUACACUUAGUUUUUUAUGUAGAGUUAUUUGUAAGUUAUGAUUAAUAUUUAUCCAAACACAUUUUUAGUGUGUCUUGCUAGUUUGUUUAGUCUUUAUUUUUCUUAGUACUAUUUAAUGAAAAAGUACAAAAUAUAAACUAAAUUUUUCCUAAGCAAUAAAAAUAUUCAGAAACCAAAAAGUGUAAAAUGGUUUGAACGGCUAAUAAUUAUAUAUUUAAAUUAAACAUUUUUCAAGACUCUAUAAUUAUAUUAAUUUUGUAGAGAUAUAGUCAAGAUGGCCUAUAAUACAGUUGGCUGUGUCUCUUUAACUUUCCUCCUUGUUCAUAAGUUAUUUGUGUCUAACUUGUCACAUUACAAAAUAGCUGUAUAAUUUUGCUUUCCAUAUUUACAUUUUUUACCCAGUUGGUGAUAUACAAAGCAAAGGAUUGCAAAUGCAAUUAUAUCUUAUUUUUUGGUUAUUUAAACUUGCAUUAGUUUUAUGAUAGUUGAAAAGAAGGACUUAUUAUCCAAUACAAUACAGUACAAUCUUUUUAUCUAGGCCUAUCUUUAUAGAUAAAUUGUUGUAAAGACGACAAUGUUGUGUAAUGAAUGUUCACAUGUACCAGUACAAUAAUUUAAAUCUAGCUAUUAUAAUAAAAAAAUAAAAUAAAAGACUAGUAAGGCUGUAUUCAUAAUUAAUAAAAAAUUGUUAAAAUUGUCUGAAGCUUAAAUAAAAUUCUAAGAAAAAACUU